UUUGCCCCUGCAGUUAUGUGGACGGAUUUAAGGGAACAAAAACUACAUGGCACUAUUUCCUUUAACGUCAGGUCCAUACAGGAACAGCGAAGCGAGUGGGUGUCUGUCUCUCUCUGUGUUUGCGCAGAAGCAUCUGGUGGGAGGCUGAGCAGUAACUUGUCCUCACUCAAACUGCUUCAGCUUCUACAUAUUAACUCUCCUCGCUCUUUGGAAAUGGCCUCUCAUUCCACAUCACCACAAUCUCCUACAUCUGCCCAGCUAUCACCAUUAUCACCAUCUUCUGCAGCUCUUCACACUCCUGAAAAUACUAAGCUAAGGGAGCGUUCUCCUUCACCAAUGAGGGGCUUCCUCAUCCCCAGCCCAUUACCAACCAGGAGGACCAGAACUAUGUCUGCAACUGCUCGGGCAGCAGAAGGUCCGGUCUUCAAAGGAACCUGUAAGUGCUUUUCCCGUUCAAAAGGUCAUGGAUUUAUCAUCCCUGCAGAUGGAGGACCGGAGAUUUUUGUUCACAUUUCGGAUAUCGAAGGAGAAUAUGUUCCAAUGGAGGGGGAUGAGGUCUCUUACAAGGUCUGUUCCAUUCCUCCCAAAAAUGAGAAGAAACAGGCUGUCGAAGUGGUCAUCACCCACCAAGCACCAGGAACAAAGCACGAAACAUGGUCUGGACAUGUCAGCUUACAAUAAUGACCAGUUAUCCUACCCUACUAUCUAGAUUGGGAGUUUAAGUGUGAGCAAAUAUCAGAGUUAAUUGUUUGAAUAUUAAGCAUUCUAACUGACUGCUUGCAGGAUUAAAAACAUCUUUUAAAAGGUGUAGUGUUUUAAACAUCUAAAGAAUUAUUAAUUAAACAGCAAUUGGUUAUUAGUUUCAAUAUCACUCAUUCCUUAAUAGAAAAUAUGGAAGAUAUCUGAGCCAGUGAAUGUACAUGUGGAACUUUGUAUCAGGGAAUCAUGCUUUACAUGUAUCUCCUCCCUAUCUCAAGAAUGUGCAUAAAAUAGUUAUGUCACUCUAACAACUAUAUUAAAAAUUGCACUUUUUUAUAAAGCAGCCUUGAAAUGGAACUUUAUUUUAAACUGCACUGCCCUACAAACCAUUAAUUGAGUUUGCCUUAGUUUCAUUGAAUCUCUUUCACAGGAAAUCACGUUCGUGAUUUCAUCAGUUUAAUCAUUUUAAACAGUAUUUUCGCUUGAAUGUUUUCUGCUUACCUCUCUUCUGGUCUGCAUGAUCCAUUGCUUAAGAGCUGGUGACUAUGCCUCUACCAAAUCCCCUCCACACUAGCCAGCAGGAGGUGAAAGCUCAUGACAGAAUUCUAGUAUUCUCCCCCAAUAUCUCACCACCACCGCCCCCCCCAACCAUGCAAUAUGUGUCUUAAUUCAAUGGAGUAGGUGAUCAUGUUUCAUCACUCUGUAGCCUGGAGCGUCAUCUCCCAUUGUGUGCAGUAGUUAGAAUCUCUGUGAGGUUACAAUAAAUGCAGUGUUUUGACAAUAUUGAUUCAGCAUUGCUAAUUUCUGGCUGUCAGGGAUCCAGUGAUUGAUCAGUACAAUUGUAAAUGUCACACACUUGUGAAAUCUUAAUCUUGUUAACAACUUUUUGAAUGGAUUAACCAGUAAUUUGACUUUGUUUCCUUUGAUUUAAAGAAAGCUUAUCACUUUUUUUCUUACUGUAACCUUAUUGUGCAUUGGCUGAUUGGGAACACAGAUAUGACCGAGUUAUCAACUUUAUAUAGUGUCAUAGUGGCUGUUAACUGCCAUAAAACCUGUAUAUAAAUGCCAUCUGAGGCUCUUAAGUAUAAAUACACACCCAGGGUAUUUGCAGCGUAUUGAUCUUUAAAGAAACUGCUGCAUGUGCAUCAAUAUACUUUCUUGCUGCUGACAUUUUUUCUUCGGGCAAGCACAUAGAAUAUUACUUGUUGGGCAACUUUUUAAAAACAAAUCUAAAAUUGGAUGAGCAACAAUGGCAAAAGUAGCUUUAAAGAAUGACAAACUCUUUUGCCCAAACCACUUCAUAAAAAUUUAUUAAAAUAAAUAAGCAGUGUGGGCUCUUGCAAACCUGUGAUUAAAGUUGUACUUUUUAAGAGUUAUAAUUUUGUUGCAAUCUUUGUGUUGAUGGGCAUUCUUUUAAAUCUACACAUUACAUCAAGAUAAUAAAUCGAGCAAACCAAGCUAAAUUCAGUGCGAUGAUUCACAAAGGAAUAUGGAGGUGGGGUAAUUAUAGCUGGGUGUCGGUCUGAAACAGGAAAUAUUGGUUCCACCUAUAUUCAUAUCAAUUCAAUUCACAAUGGAAACGGAUUAUUUAUAUUUGUCCUGUUGAUAAUGAGGCAUUCCUUGUCAAACUUGCCUUUAUUUUCCCAUCCUAAGUAACCAAGAGCUAAACUGCAUAAUGGAACAUUAAAAAGUACUUAAUUUUGGGAUUUAUAUUUAAAAUUUGUAUUAGUAAGAGUUUUUUGCUUUGUAGUCUUAAGAUAACCUAUUAAGAAUUUGCCCACAAAUAAUGCUGUCAUACUAUGGAAACGUAUUUGAAUAAAAGAAAUUGCCAUUUAUUUUUUAACCAUUAAGCAAUUUUUCUAUCUGACAAUGUCUACUUGCGGAUGGGGAUUAAAAGUAGGUUUCAACAAACUCUGCCUGGUUUGAAUUCUCUGCUGUGCUAAGAGUUAAGGGUUCUGGCAGAGUGAUGUGGGAAUAGAUUUGUGAUUUCAUCUGCAAGUCUCCUCUCUUACUUUUGUUUUAAACUGCUGUAAGUCAAUGUUAUAGGCAGAAAGCUCUCAUUCAUAGGUUGCAGGCAAUGAAAAUUUGACUCUGCGUGCUGAUUUAAGACCCGGUGGGGGGGUGUGGGGGGCAUUGCUGAUACUGCAAAAAGUCAGGAUCUUGGUUGCAUGGAAGCCUGCUGCAUUUUUAUUGGAGAGUGCCAGUGAAGGCAGGAAAGUUGCACCUGUCAUCAAUAACAUUUGAUGUAAAAGAGCCUAAUUAUAUUGCUGUGUCACUCUCAAUUCUUUUGCUCCUGUGAAGGAUAUUUUAAUCCAGGUAUUCUUCAGUGCCUUGGUCUCCGAUAACACUAUUUUAAUAAUGCAGCAGGAGCAGUAUCCGUUUUAUUCCAUGUCAAAUUUCAGUCAUUGGUUUAUACUUACAGAUAUGAAUAUUGUAUUGAUGUAUUUUAUCAUGCAUUCUACAACUGCAAUCAUUACAUUUAAACUAUACUAUUGAAAUUUAUUUUGAGUGAACUUUGAGGAUCAAUGUGCCUUUUAGUAUUUAUGUGUUACCUGCAAUCCAUGUAUUUCUGGGGAAAAAUACAGCUCAAAAAUGUUUAAAUAAAUUACAGAACUUCA